AUGGAGGAAAAGCCAACGAGGAGAAGGGUAGUGUUGGUUCCAGUACCAGCACAAGGACAUAUAACUCCAAUGAUGCAGCUUGCAAAAAUUCUUCACUCGAAGGGUUUCUCAAUUACAAUUGCUCAGACCAAGUUCAAUUACUUUAACCCUUCAGAUGACUUCACUGAUUUUCAGUUUGUCACCAUUCCAGAGAGCUUACCAGAGUCUGAUUUCGACGAUCUCAGGCCAAUACUGUUUCUGCUUAAACUCAACAAAGAGUGUCAGAUGAGCUUCAAGGACUGUUUGGGUCACUUGUUGGUACAACAAGGUAAUGAGAUCUCAUGUGUCAUCUACGACGAGUUCAUGUACUUUGCUGGAGAUGCAGCCAAGGAGUUUAAGCUUCCAAACGUUAUUUUCAGCACUACCAAUGCAACGACUUUUGUUUGUCGCUCUGUCUUCGAGAAACUCUAUGCAAACAAUGUCUUGGCUCCCCUGAAAGAUUCCAAAGGACAGCAAGAUGAGCUAGUGCCUGAGUAUCAUCCCCUGAGAUACAAAGACUUCCCGGUUUCAUGUUGGGCCACAUUAGAAAGCAUACUUGAGCUGUAUAGGAAUACAGUUGAUGAACGUGCAGCUUCCGCUGUGAUAAUCAACACGGCAAGCUGUCUAGAGAGCUCAUCUAUUUCUUGGCUAAAACAACAACUAGAGAUUCCUGUUUAUCCUAUAGGUCCUCUUCACAUGGUUGACUCAACUCCUACGAGUCUGCUUGAAGAGAACAAGAGCUGUAUCGAAUGGUUGAACAAACAAAAGGUAAACUCGGUGAUAUACAUAAGCUUGGGAAGCUUAGCUUUGAUGGAAGUCAAUGAGGUGAUGGAAACUGCUUCAGGUUUGGAUAGUAGCAACCAACACUUCUUGUGGGUGAUCAGACCAGGCUCAAUACGUGAUUCAGAAUGGAUAGAGUGUUUGCCUGAGGAGUUUCUUAAGAUGGUUUCUCGUCGAGGUUACGUUGUGAAAUGGGCUCCGCAGAAAGAAGUACUUGCUCAUCCUGCGGUAGGAGGGUUUUGGAGUCAUUGUGGAUGGAACUCGACGCUAGAGAGCCUCGGGGAAGGAGUUCCAAUGAUUUGUAGGCCGUUUUCUACUGAUCAAAAGGUGAAUGCGAGGUACUUGGAGUGUGUUUGGAAAGUUGGGAUUCAAGUGGAGGGUGAGCUAGACAGAGGAGUGGUCGAGAGAGCUGUGAAGAGGUUAAUGGUGGACGAAGAAGGAGAGGAGAUGAGGGAGAGAGCAUUCAGUUUGAAGGAGAAACUGAUAGCCUCUGUUAGAAGUGGAGGUUCUUCACACAAGUCGUUGGAGGAGUUUGUACACUUCUUGAGGACUCUGUGA